CGGUGAGCGAUAAGAACUAAGUUAGUGAUUGCGGCAAGUUGCGGAACAAUCUGAUGGGCCGGCGGCAGCGGCGGCUGCAUCACUAACCGUUUCAUUACAUGAACUUCCAUGCUAAAAUUUUCUAUGGGCGCUCACCGGUGCACCCACCGCGGUAGACUCUAUAAUAGUGAUUCCUCACAUCAGAUUUCCCCAAUUAUCUUAUCGUCGUCACGUUGUACACCGUAGCCAUGCCUCUUGGGAUCAGACGAGUCACAGGCUGAGCGGCAGGUAUUAUAAGGCGCAUUAAAUUUACUCUCAGAUCUUUUUCUAGCCCACUUAAGCACCAUGAAGCUAGGAGCACUCAUCACGGUAGACUAUGCUGCUGGUGUUGUUGCAGCAGCAGCGGUGCUCGCCGUGCUAUACAAGAAAUCCUCGUUCAAGUUAGCAAACGGCAAGAACGGCAUUCCGCUUCCACCUGGACCUCCCGCCCGUUGGUUCUGGAGCAACGCUUUGCCUUCUGUCAACAUUGCUCGUGCGUUGACUGACCUUGUUCGGGAGUAUGGGCCUGUGGUAUCGUUCCGACAAGGCAGUCAAGUGAUCAUCGUCAUUGGGAGCGUCGAGGCAACCACGGCCAUCAUGGAGACAGAAGGUAAAUCGCUGGUAGAUCGACCCCCGUCUAUCGCUGCGGGCGAGAUGCUCUCAAAUGGGAUGCGUAUUGUCAUGGCUCGUUCCGGAGAACGCUUCCGGCGUCUCCGCAAAGCGGUUCAUACCCAUCUCCAGCCCAAGGCAGCAGAGGCAUACAAAGAUAUGCAGCACGAUAACGCAAGUAAAUUUGUAUUGGAUAUCCUAAAUGACCCCAAGAACCACAAGGAGCACGCAGCGCGGUAUUCAGCAUCGGUCAUUCUUCGGGUGACCUAUGGGAAGUCUACGCCAACUGCUUACACUGAUCCUGAAAUUGUCCGUAUCUACAAAGUCCUCAAACAUUUUGAGCUUGUGAUGCGCCCAGGAGCUUAUCUCGUCGAUCGUGUGCCUCUUUUGCGCUACUUGCCUGGUUACGGAAAACAACUCAAUGAGUGGCAUAAUGAGGAACUAAGUCUCUACAGACAUCAGUUAGGGCGAGUCGAGAGGGAAAUAGAACAAAACAAAGCGGGUCCCUCUUUCACCAAGACACUGUUGGAAAACACCGAAGACCACCAACUUGCGACAGAUGAGAUGGCCUAUCUCGCUGGAACACUCUUUGGUGCGGGAUCUGAUACAACUGCUAUUGGAAUUACCACUGCUAUCAUGGCUGCGGCAUGUCACCCACUGGCUCAGGCAAAGGUGCAUGAAGAACUCGAUAUGAUCGUCGGAUCAGACAGAGCGCCAACGUUUAAAGACUCGAGCUUGCUCCCUCAAUUGCACGCGUUCAUUUUGGAAGCUUUGAGGUGGAGACCUGUCAUUCCCAUAGGAUUUCCCCACCGCGCAACUCAAGACAUCAUUUGGCAAGGAUACUGCAUCCCCGAGGGCGCAACGGUCUAUGGAUGCCAUUGGGCAAUCUGUCGCGAUCCAAUUGCCUUCCCAGAUCCUGACAAAUUCGAUCCCCAGCGCUGGCUUGAUUCAGAAGGCCGCCUUAAGGACAAUGUAAAGUCUUUCACCUUUGGCUUUGGUAGACGGGUGUGUCCUGGCAGGCAUCUCGCAGAUAAUUCAAUGUUCAUCGGCCUCGCACUUCUCUUCUGGUCUUUCCGCAUUGAUCAACGACCUGACGCUCCGAUAAACACACAAGCUAGCGACAGUAUCGUUUCCCAUACUGCGCCAUUUGAAAUCAAUGUCGUUCCCCGGAUCGAUGUUGCGAAGUUGAGAGAGAUGAUGACGGAUGAAAGUUUGUAUUGAAAUGUUGAAGAUGGGGUGCUGUUGUUCGUCCUUCCUGACUUGUGGGCUUAUUCACUUUACUUGUCCCUGCGAAAGUCAACUGCAACGCAUGGAGUCCACUACAUAAGUAGCGGUAUAGAUAUUACUGAACGCACAUUGUUACUACUCAUGAAGCUCCCUGCGAACACG